CUUUCUUGACAGCUCUUUGUUUUGGUCCGCGUUAGAGCGAGUUUUCGUGCGAGUCUCGAAUAAAUUUCGCGUUUUUAGUGUAAAACUCGUGUAAAAUCGUUAAUUUAAUUGUAAAUACAGUAGAUAGUGGUUUCUGCAACCCUCAUUUAUCGAUUCAACUGCGAUGCUUGUUAGUUUGUGCUAGAAAAUGUAGAUUGUGGUUACAUCCUACUGUUUACCGCAACCGUCGCGUAAGUUAACUUUGCACCGGCUCAAAAAUGAAACCAAGCGAGGUAGAUCCAACGAUCUGCCGGCUGUGUUUGAAUGCUUCCGACAUCAAUAUUAUGCUGGUGCUGAACCAAAAUGAGAGCAUAAUCAAAUCUAUCCUGCAGAUUACGAGUGUUGAGGUAAUCGUCGACCCGGACCACAUCGUGUACAUGUGCAAUAGCUGUCAGUUUCUGCUGGACCAGUGCGUCCAGUUCCGGAUGACGUGCGUCCAGAACGACAACACGUUCCGGAAGUUGUACGCGAAGAACUCGCUCCAGAACAUUGUCCACGUUGACGUGGAUCCGAUUCCGUCGCCGGAGGUCAAACUGGAGGAGUUUGACGAUGGUGACAAUGGGUCGUCUCCGGCGCCACCUACGGCGGAGAAUGUUGAGGAGAAGGUCGAGGUUGAAAGUGGAGCAGAAGUCGGUGAUGAUGGAAGUAGUGACAGUGGCAGCAGCAGCAGCAGUUCCAGUGAAGAGGAGGAGACGAGGCCGAAGAAACGAGGUCGAAAGCCGGGCAAGAGGGGACCACAGAGCAAGGACGCCCGGAAGGAGAUGCGCCAGGUGCAGUGCGCCCAGUGCGGUAAGAUGGUCUCGGAGAACAAUCUCAACCAGCAUCAGCAAAUUCACAACCCGGACCGGCCCAAGUUCCAGUGUCCGCACUGUCCGCGGGUUUGCCACGAGCGGUCCCGGCUGAAGCUGCACAUCAAUGCGGUGCACACGGGGGAGGUCAAGUACACGUGCGACCAGUGCGGGAAGAUGUACACGAGGCCGGCCUCGCUGAGGAAUCACUAUUUGGCCAUUCACACCAAUAUCAAAAAAUUCGAGUGCAAAUUUUGCGGUGAGAAAUUCUCCCGUUCCGCGCUGAGACAUCACCACUACAAAAUGGUUCACACCGAGGGACGCCCUUGGGGUUGCGAGUAUUGCGAGAAAUCCUUCAAAAUGAAGAGCGACUGGACCAUCCACAUGCGCAUUCACACCGGUGAAAAGCCCUUCAAGUGUGACAUUUGCGGCAAGACGUUCAACAAAAGCUACAACGUGAAGCUGCACAAAAAGUCGCACCGUCUGGACGACAUCUACAAGGCGAGUCAGGGCGAGAAGGUGGAAGUGCCGCCGGUGCCGCCUGUGCAACCUGGGGUGGUGCCAGUUAUGCCACAGACGCAACCACCGCCAGGAGGAGUGGCGCCAGUUUAGGUUGGAAACCUUCUAGUUGUAAGAAUUGAACUUUUAAUUGUAUGAUAUAAAAAAACGAUAAUAAAGCAUAGCGUUUGAGAUAA